UUAGAACACUACAGCGUGUAUGGUUUGUGUGCCGCAUGUUCUCCAUGUGAGAAUUUCCAAUUGCACUGGUUCCCUGGCUACAGGCAUCAAUCAAUGCAUUGUUUUGGAUUUUAUAACUAAAGUAGUGACUUUAUUUACAGAUUAACAUGAAGAGAAAAAAUACACCAUCAGCUGAAGAUCUGGAAAAUGAGAUGGAAACAUUGAACCCAUCUGAGGACGAAGAGGAAAAUGCAAAGAAACUCAACGGAUCCAAAAAGAAAGCAAGUACACCACUUAAAGAGGAUGGUGUCCUUCGCCCACUUAAACUCUCUAAAGGAGAGAUGUACAAAGCCCCUACUGUGGAGGAGCUCAACCAGCUGAAGGAGGCAGAGAGUCUGUUUCACUGCAGUCUGCUCAAAAUGCAGAUGGAGGAACUGCUCAAGGAGGUGGCACUGAGUGAGCGCAGGAAGAAACAGAUGGAUUCCUUUGUACAGGAAAUCACUGAUCUUCUGAAAUCUGUGCCUGAAACUCCAGUAGUGGAAUUAUCAGACUUGUCUUGGUUAUCUGAAUCGGGAAUUGAUGUCCCGUUCAUCCUGGCUCCUGAGGAGACUAAGGGCAAGUUCCACAUGGACCCGCCUGACUCUGUGGACCUGAUUGGGAGUUAUCCUCUGGGAACUUGCAUCAAACCAAGAGUUUCUGUUGAUCUGGCUGUCACGAUUCCUGCUAGUAUCCUUCACCCGAUGGAUGGAAUAAACCAGAGGUACUCUCGAAAGCGAGCUCUGUAUCUGGCAGGACUGGCACAGCACCUUUCCACCUCUCCAUUAGUAGGCCCACUGCAUUUUUCAUGCCUCCAUGGCAACCGGCUCCGCCCACUCCUGCUUGUCACACCUUCAGGUAAGGACAGCAACAGCGUCAUGUUGAGAAUUCACGCCAUCCCUCCUCCGGACUUCCUCAAACCAAGUCGCUUCCAUCCUCAGAAGAACAACAUCCGGACUGCCUGGUUUACUGGCCAAAAUGCUGAACAAGAAAGCAACGAGCCUCCUACUCCUCAGUAUAACAGUACAGUAGUGGGAGAUCACCUCCCUCGCUCUCACCUGCAGUUCCUCAGUGCACACUGUGAUCAGUGUCCUGCCUUUCGAGAUGGUGUGGCUCUUCUCAAAGUGUGGCUCAGACAGAGAGAGCUAGAUCAGGGUGCUGGGUGUUUUGGAGGAUUCUUGGCCUCCAUGCUCUUGGCUUAUCUUCUGUCCACACAUAAAGUGGGUAAAACCAUGAACGCCUACCAGCUGCUCAGAAAUGCACUGCAUUUCUUAACUUCCACAGACCUGACUGAGAAUGGUAUUACCUUGGCAAAAAACCCAGAUUCAAAAGCGCCUUCUCUGCCUGAGUUCCACAGCGCUUUCCACGUGGUGUUUGUGGAUCCCUCUGGCCACCUUAACAUGUGUGCAGACAUGACGGCUUGCACCUACAAACAGAUCCAGUAUGAGGCAUCUCUGUCCCUCCAGUUCUGGGAUGAUCCCACCCUAGAUGGCUUCCAGGCUCUACUUAUGACCCCCAAACCCAUGAUCAGGACAUAUGACAAUGUCUAUCAACUGAAUGAUUUGGUGAAAAUGCAAGCCUCCUGUAAAAAGCUCAGUCUCCUCAGCAGUCUCAUGGACCACAGUGGGAACUAUAUUCUCGCUGUGCUUCCCUUCAUCUUGUCUCUUCUGCAGCGAGGACUCGGGGACAGGAUCCGCCUUCUGGCUCACUCACUUCCUCCAGACCCUGAGUGGCCAGUGUAUGGUGAACCCCCUAUGCACAAAGACCAGCCGCCCGUAUCCAUUGGCCUGCUCCUGAACCCUGAGCAUGCGCUCUCUGUUCUGGAGAGAGGACCUGCAGCAGAUAGCCCUGAGGCGGCUGAGUUCCGGCAGCUGUGGGGUUCUCGUUCAGAGCUGAGGCGCUUUCAGGAUGGAGCCAUCACUGAGGCAGUGCUGUGGUCUGGAUCCUCCACCUGCCAGAGAAGACAAGUCCUGCUGGAGAUCAUCACCCACCUACUGGAACUCCAUGUAGAUAUACCAGAGUCAUGUGUCCGGUUUGUGGGAGGACAAAUGGAUGAUGUCAUUAAAGUUGAACAAAAGGAGUGCAGUACAGGAGAAGAGGAGAGUCUGAAGGUGGUGCAGUGCUUUGAUGAUCUAAGCAGAAAGAUGUGGCAGCUGGAGGGUCUGCCUCUGUCCAUCACAUCAGUGCAGGGUGCUCACCCAGCUCUCAGAUAUACAGAGGUAUUUCCUCCUGUGCCAGUAAAGCUGGCCUACUCGUAUUUUGAGAGGGAAAAGACUUCUCGUGCUUUGGUUCCACAUAAGGCCAAGCCUUGCCCUUAUUAUAUCACUCCUAUUAAAGUGAUCUGUCACAUGGAAGGGAGUGGAAAGUGGCCUAGUGACAGUUUGGCAAUUCGCCAUAUUAAAGCAGCCUUCCAUAUCCGUCUCGGAGAGCUGCUCAAAAGCCAGCAUGGCUACACGUACCGGCCCUCACCAACACACCUGGACGUGUGGAAGGAUGGACUGGUGUUCCGCAUCCAGGUAGCGUACCACCGAGAGCCACAGGUGCUGAGAGAAAGUGUGACCACAGAGGGCAUGCUGAUUCAGCGAGAUAAUGCAGAGGCACAGGCAUUGGAGCUCGAGACCCAGCACAAACCCUUCCUCACCAGCACCCUGCAUGGUCUACAGCAGCAGCAGCCAUGUUUCGGCGCAGUGUGCCGUCUGGCCAAACGCUGGCUGGCUGCACAGCUCUUCAGUGGAGACAUCAUCGAGGAGGCAGCUGAUCUGCUGGUAGCCUCGCUCUUCCUACAGCCGGCUCCCUUCACCCCUCCGAGUUCUCCUCAGGUUGGUCUCCUCCGCUUCCUUCACCUGCUCUCCACUUUCGACUGGAAGAACAACCCUCUGGUGGUCAACCUCAACGGCAAACUCGCAGCUUGUGACUACACUGAAAUCAAAAACCACUUCCUGGCAUCGAGGGAAUCUUUGCCUGUGAUGUUUAUCGCCACUCCCAAUGAUAAGAAUGUCUCCAUUUGGACUAAACAGGGACCUUCAGUUCAGAUGCUCCAGCGUGUCGUGUUGGUUGCAGCAGAAAGCUUGCGUGUACUGGAGGCCCAGCUCAUCAACCCCAGCCAAAAACAAGACAUCCGGGUGGUGUUUCGACCCCCGAUGGAGGCCUAUGAUGUUCUGAUCCACCUCAGACCUCAACAGGUCCCCCUGCUGUCCAGAGCUGUGGACCCUCCUAAUACCAUCUGCCACCAAGGAACCCUGGAUGGGGACGCAGCGAGCUCAGGAGGGGCUUUCCCUGUCGUGGACUUUGAUCCUGUCAAACUGUAUCUGUCUGAGCUCAGGGAUGCAUUUGGGGAUCUGGCACUAUUUUUCUACGACCCCUAUGGAGGAACUGUGAUUGCAGUGCUGUGGAAGCCCAAAGCUUUUCAGCCUCAGCCGUUCAAGACUUCCCUGAUGAACGCCAGACGAGUGGACGUGACUGAAGAUGUGGCUACUACUGUCCCUAACAUAGAGGCCAUUGUGCAGGAUUUCCGUAUCAUCGGGGAGGGCCUGGUCCACAAGGUGGAACUAAGGACUGAGAGAUGGGUUGUCUGAAUUGGGAAGAUCCUUCAGAAGAUCAUCUAUGUGCUAUGGAGUAUUUGUUUGUUGUUGUUUUUUUUAAAGGACGUUACAUUUUAUGUAUAUUUCAAGUUCUUUCUUGAGCUAAAAUGAAGAGAAUGAGUGAACGUGGAUUUUUAUGAAAAAAUAUUCAGUUAAUAAUAAUUAUUACCUGAUCUUUGCGUGUGGCUGAUUUUGUUCAUUUUGAAUAACACCAGCAACUCCAGCUGUGGUGUUUCAGUAAUAACACCACUAGGGGAAAUAUGUAUAUUUUAAUAGGAAUAGCAAAAUGAAGCUUUCUGAAGCAAUUAAAGCUUUCCUCCCGAAAAA